GGAUCACCAUUGGAUCCAUCGAGCUUGGAGCCUGUGGGAGAAGCUUGGCUAGUUCCUCGCUAAUAAAGUUCAGGGUGGCGCCACUGUCCACCAAGGUUAGGACCAUGGUACAGGCAACCUGAGCCAGGAAACGGAGAGUCCCCGGUGUCGGCAGCCCGGUCACUGAACGGAGAGAGAGAAAGACAGAGUCACCCCUUCCCUUGUCGAUCCCCCGGUCGCUACGCUCGGCGGGGCGCCGCCCAGCCGCCGCCUCGGCCCGCGGCGUCUCCCUCUGUCGCGCCGCCGCUGUGACCAUGCCGCCACUGUCGCCCUCCGUCAGCGAUCGCUGCGGCCCGCCGUCUGCCGUCCUUGUCCGCGGCGCCUCCUCCUACUGCGGUGCCUCUGCUGCCGCGAUACCGCGGUCGCCUCCAAUCGCCGGCCGCCUCGGCCGGCCGGCCGCCACAGUCUGCGGCGCCGCUCACAGUCUCACCGCCGCUGCAGCCACAACCUCCCUGCCCUGUUCGCGCGCGGUUCGAGUUUGGUUAGCCCGGAUGGCAUCAGUCUGUUGCUUCACACAGGUCCAGUCCAGAUCAGAGAGUCGUAUCGAGCUCAUGGUGGCUCUGAUACCAAAUGAUAGAGGAGAAUAGGGUUGGGAAUUGAGAAGAAGAAUUUGGGAUUUGAGGAAGAAUUUGAGAAGAACAGAGAGAAGAGGGAUUUAGGGAUUUUGAUAUUCUUAUUGUUUAAUCUCAAAUGAACGUACUGACCCCUCUUUUAUGAGUUUCAGAAAACUAACAAGAAAUAACAAAACUGCCACUCAACCUGACCCACAUGGCCAAACCCAACCCGCCAUACCCACCGAGCGGGUCUCUAUCAAAUGCCAUGUAUUGGUUUCAUUUCAGUCGAUGGUUAGAGUUAAGUAUUCUUUUGGUGAAUCGAGAAAGGUCAACUCAUUCGAAUGUGUAUAAAAAAUUAUAAUUUCAAGAAGUAAAGAGAGGAUGGUACAAUUCAAGAUAACAAAUUAUUUGAGAUGGAUGCUUCCACUGAAUGAUCAUUAUAUUGGAGCUAAAAUAUGAUUAAGCAAAAGUUAAAUACAAAUAAUUUGCGUUAUAUAUCUUACAAGUCAAUAAUAGGAUUAGACAGUGAAUAUACAAUCAUAUCUAUUAGGGGUGUUUUAUGGUUCGGUCUGGAUCAAACUAAACUCAAGAGAACCUUGAUCCAAUAGUGAAAGUCAUCUUAGGACCAAGGACCAGACCAACAAUAAAUUUGGUCUGAUUUG